AAUUGGGUCAGUGUGGUGUCGUUGUGUCUUUGAAUCUUUGAUUCUGUGGCAUGCAGCGCUCUGACAGCAUACCUUCACCUCAGACAGGUGUUUGUUCCCACAGAGAGCGGUCAGAGGAGUUUAACAGGCACGGCUGGACGAGGCACCGAGACGCAGACAGACCCGUCAGGACAGUGGUCUCCAACUUACCCUUCGAACAUCUGAAGAAAAGUGAGCAGCCGAACCGCCGGUAUGAGGGCAACGCCAUCAGAACCAACAAAUACAGACUGUGGUCUUUCAUCCCCAUGAACUUAUUCGAGCAGUUCCACCGUAUGGCCAACAUUUACUUCGUGGGCCUGGCCAUCUUGAAUUUUGUCCCGGUGGUGAACGCGUUCCAGCCGGAGGUGGCUCUCAUUCCCAUUUGUGUCAUCCUGGCACUGACCGCUGUCAAAGAUGCUUGGGAGGACUUCCGGAGGUACCAGACUGAUCAACAGCUCAACAAUAUUCCCUGCUUCAUAUUCAGCAGGAAGCAGAUGUGUUUCGUGGAGAGGAGAUGGAAGGAUGUCCGCGUGGGGGAUUUUGUGAGAGUGCUCUCUAACCAGAUCAUCCCAGCUGACAUCCUGCUCCUGCACACGUCCGACCCUAAUGGAGUGUGUCACAUGGAAACAGCCAAUCUGGACGGAGAGACCAACCUCAAACAGAGGAAGGUGGUGCCAGGCUUUUCUGCCCUGGGUGAACCAUUUCAACCUCAAACAUUUGACAGUACUGUAGUGUGUGAAAACCCCAACAACAACCUCAACCUGUUCAAAGGUUAUGUGGAGAGGCCUGAUAAGAGGAGAACGGGCUUCGGCAUCGAUAGUCUUCUGUUGCGCGGCUGCAUGGUGAGAAAUACUGAUGAUGCAGCUGGAAUAGUGGUGUACGCAGGACACGAGACCAAAUCCAUGUUAAACAACAGCGGGCCCAGGUACAAACGCAGCAAGAUUGAGAGGAAGAUGAAUACGGAUGUUCUCUUCUGCGUGGUUCUUCUAUUUUUCAUGUGUCUCAUCGGAGCCCUGGGCCAUGCGAUCUGGUUGGAAACUUUUACCAGCAUGCCCUCAUACAUCGUCCCUGACAGUAAUGGCAAUUACACUCCUUCAGUACUAGCGGGAUUUUACAUGUUCUUCACCAUGAUCAUCUUACUUCAGGUGAUGAUCCCUGUUUCAUUGUACGUGUCCAUUGAGCUGGUGAAGAUGGGGCAGAUCUUCUUCAUCACUCAGGAUGUGGAACUGUACGACGAGGAGCUGGACAGUCGGGUCCAGUGUCGUGCUUUGAACAUCACUGAGGACUUGGGACAGAUCCAGUACGUCUUCUCGGAUAAGACAGGGACGCUCACAGAAAACAAGAUGGUGUUCAGGCGCUGCACCAUCAUGGGGACUGAAUACUGUCACGAGGAGAACGCUGCUCGUUUGGCAGUCAUCAGUGGAGCGAAUGAAGAGGAGGAGGUCACUAUCUACCAACAGACAAAGCUUCCUCCACUCUUCCCUCUGGAAGAAUUACAGGACAUCCACACAGGGGACAAAAAUCACGCCAACACUCAAGUCACAGCUGCCAAUCGGUGCAGAUCAAAAGUGGCAGCAGGAGCCCAAAGUGACAUGGCCUUCAGCAGUCCUCUGGAAACGGUGGUGGUUCCAGACAGGAAGCUGAUGCUGGAGGUGGAGCGUCAGAUGGCGAGCAUCCAGACCGGGCCCUACCUGGACUUUUUCCUGGCUUUGGCCAUCUGCAACACAGUGCUGGUUUCCUCCGCGACGGCCCAAAGACAGAGGGUCAAAGGGCGGCGUAACUCCUCAUACUCAGGAGGUUCCUUUCAUAAGAUGCGGCAGUGGUUUAGAAAGUCUUCUCUGGGAAAACUUUUCACCUCCAUGAAGUCCUUCAAGAGAGGAGGGGAGACACUCACAGAUCCUUUCUCCAUCGAUGAAGACGAGCCCAGCGUGUUUCACAGCUCAGAGGUCUCAGACGUCACGGGGCAGAAGGGGAUUUGUAGUGAACGCAAGGUUAAAAGCGGUCUGUCUGGGUCGGAGGAGGUGUGUUACGAGGCCCACAGUCCAGAUGAGGCCGCUCUCAUUCACGUAGCAAAGGCUUAUGGGUUCACCAUGGUGGAGCGCACCCCUCAUUAUGUGACUGUCAAGCUGCCCAAUGAAGCGCUGCUAAAGUUUGAGGUGCUGGACAUCCUGACCUUCGACUCCACGAGGAGGAGGAUGUCCAUCAUUGUACGACAUCCACACACCAGUGAAAUCAUCAUGUACACCAAAGGAGCUGACUCGGCCGUCAUGGAGAGACUGGGCAGUGCUUUCUCAGAUAUGACACAAGUGGAUAUUGAGGCGAAGCGACUUGCUGUAAAAACUCAAAAAGACCUUGACAUGUACGCCAGGAAUGGAUUACGGACGCUGUGCUUCGCCAAGAAGGUUAUCGGUGAGCAGGAGUUCAGGGCCUGGUCUGCGGUCAGACAGGAGGCGCUGUCAGCCAUGGAUGAGAAAGAAGAGCGUCUGAUGGAAACCGCAGCCUUCAUCGAGAACAACUUCACUCUGCUGGGGGCCACCGGCAUUGAGGACCGUCUCCAAGAAAGUGUCCCAGAAACCAUCACGGCUCUGAGGCGGGCUGGCAUGCAGGUGUGGGUACUGACAGGGGACAAACCCGAGACGGCCAUCAACAUCGCAUACUCCUGCAAGCUGCUGGAGCACGAGGACCUGGUGUUCACCUUCAGCACCAGCAGGAAGUCCGUGUGUAAAAUGCGUUUGGAAGACACGCUGGGAGAGGUGCGGCGGAGCACGCUGUCACCCGGUGCGGGGCGUAGUUCAGCGUUUGAUGGGCCGCUGAUGGAGCCCAGCAUCGGGCUGGUGAUCGACGGGCCGACUCUGAGCAUGGCCAUGUCAGACGAGCUGGUGGAGCAGUUUGUGGAGCUCUGCAAACACUGCCGUGCGGUGCUCUGCUGUCGAGUGACGCCGCUGCAGAAGAGCGCUGUGGUUAAACUCAUUCGGCAGAAACUGAGGGUCAUGACCCUCGCCGUAGGUGAUGGCGCCAAUGAUGUGAACAUGAUCCAAGCUGCAGACGUCGGCAUUGGAGUUUCUGGACAAGAGGGGAUGCAGGCUGUCAUGGCCAGUGAUUUUGCUAUCACACGCUUCAAACACCUGCAAAGACUGCUGCUGGUUCACGGACACUGGUGCUACUCCAGAUUGGCCAACAUGGUCAUCUAUUUCUUCUACAAGAAUGUGGCGUAUGUGAAUCUGUUGUUCUGGUAUCAGUUCUUCUGCGGCUUCUCCGCCACAGCCAUGAUCGACUACUGGCUCAUGAUAUUUUUCAACCUGUUCUUCACCUCUGCUCCUCCCAUCAUGUUUGGGAUCAUGGACAAAGAGGUGUCAGACUCCAUGUUACUGAGCCUGCCUGAGCUCUAUAAGAGAGGACAGCACUCAGAGGGCUACAGGCGUUCAACAUUUUGGAUCGCGAUUCUCGAUGCUUUCUAUCAGAGUCUAGUGUGCUUCUUUAUUCCAUACUGGACGUACAACGGUUCAGACAUCGGUAUAUUCGCAUUCGGAACUCCCAUGAACACAGUGUCUCUUUUCACCAUCAUCCUGCAUCUGGCCAUUGAGAUCAAGAGCUGGACGGUGGUGCAUUGGGUGAUCAUAAUCGGCAGUGUGCUGGUGUACUUCGUCGUGACUCUGGCCUACAGCGCCAUCUGCAUCAGCUGUAACCCUCCAUCUGACCCCUACUGGAUCAUGCACAAACAAAUGGCCGACCCCAUGUUCUACCUCGUCUGCAUUUUAACAACGGUUGUUGCUCUACUGCCAAGGUACACCUUGCAUGUCCUGAGGGGAACGCUGGCGCCCUCCCCUCACCUCCGCGCGCGGCAGCUUGAGCGGCUCCCCCCGUCCUAUCGGGAGCAGCGGAUCAGAGAGUGGCGUGGUCUCCGAGACACGUGUAUCUCUCCUUCUGUCAGAUCCCGGGAACACGGCUCCUCUCCCUGCCCCAGCGCAUGAAGUACACACACAGCACAGCACAGCACAGUCCGGCACGCCGCGCUUCCUCACGCACAGAGACAACAAUGCCGCAAAACUUGCAUUUUUCAACACCAACAAACUGAAACCCAUAUUUAUAUUUUGCACACAUGGGCGCCGGUUUAUGUAGGGCUCAUGCACCGAUGAUGAUUUAGGCCGGCCAGGGAAUAAUCUGAAAGCCAUGCGUUUUAAUUCUGCCUUAAACUGACUUCACAGGUUUCCUGCUGCAUCUUUGGCUGUUAUGAACCCAGGUUUACAGUCCACGCUUACAGUCCAAUACAUGCGUGUAAUUUUUCAACGAUGUGAAUGUAAUCUGUUCAGUGGAUGCAGCUGAGCCUUUUCCCUUCUGUGAAACUACUUCCUGUUGUCAUGUGGACCACAUUUGUAUGCACUUGUGCUUUGAGCUGCUCAUGCAAUAAUUGAGGUUUGCAGAUGUUACAUAAUAUCUCGGUUCAUAUAUUCAGAGCUUGUUGUGCGUGCUGACAGAAAUACAAGCGCCACAGUGAGAUUAAGGAGGCUGGAUCUUCUGCUAUUUAUUAAUUCCUAUAAAUGCAUUGGCUCAUAACGCUUGUUGAUGUCUGUGCGUGUAAUAUGCUCAGGCGGAUCACACAGUCCUGCGCCGUUAUUUGAAUAUUUAAUUGCCCUGCUGACGUCUGGCUGACGUUCUUCACUCAUGAUGCGGUCAGCAAUGACCUCACGCUCAGACAGAUCAUAGCUCGGCGAGUAUCCGCAUCCUUUCAGCAUGUGUGUAACACACACACCACAGUCGAGGCUCAGUAUGAAAAAAAAGUGUCUUGUGUUGAUUCUAUUUGCAGAACCCAAGGCGCUUUUAUGUAACCAUUUCAGGCGGGUUUCUGAUGGGAUGCUUCUGCUAUCUAGUGGUGCUCUGAUGAACUGCAAACACAACCGUCCAUUUAGGGAGAGAGAGAAGACACAAGAUGGUUGAAGUCUGAAUGUCAGAACAACAGAUGCUUUAUUGAACCCACAGGACAGUGUUUUCAGACAGUCACUUACUGUAAGACUUCUUUUAAGGGCAGAUACUGCAGGUUUUAAAUGAAAUUAAACUUACAUUAAUGCAUUUAAAAUAUUUGUAAUAUAUGCAAUGCAAAUUAGGGAUUAUUGUGUUAUUUAAUAUGUAGAUUCGUAUAUUAAGUGAUAUAGGCCCCCAAAUAAAUGUCGCUUUUGAGUCAAAAGCUUAUUUAAAAUAUAAAAAAAAAAGAGAUCUGUAUGUAAUAUGUAAAUGUAUGUUUGUAACGACAUUAUGUAUUUAAAUGAAAACAUUUUUAAGAAAUAAAAGGGCUAAGAAAAAUUAUUUUAAAAAGACAAUUGCCAUUAGCUGCAAUAUUUAAAAGCUUGGUUUUCUAUGUCUUUUAUGAAACGUGAGAUUUAAACACUAUAAAAAAUGGAAAGUGGCAACUAUUACCCUUUUUUCUGUGCAAUAUGAUUGAUGUUUACAAUAUGAACAAACUUUUGAUUUAGGAAAAUGGCCUUUGUAUGAUGAUAUUUAAUUCUGUAAUAGGUGAAUGUGAUUUAAAAAAUAUGUAUAAAAAUAUUUUUAAUUAAAAUUUUAAUUUCAAUUUU